AUGACCUCCAAGGCCCCUUCCGACUCUUAUUAUUCUCUCUCGAUCCUGUCCUUAUUCUUGGACUAUCCCACCCUGCUGUGCCCCGAUGCCAAGACGGGUCAGGAAGCCGCAGCCUCCUUCCUCUCCCUCUUUGCCCAGCUCAGCCUCUCCCCCAAGCACGUCGGCCUCCGUCGCUCCCUGCUCUUCGCCGCAGAGACGGUGCUGGUGGCGACCGACAGCCUGGCCGAAGACUGCCCGACCUCACACGAACUGCUCUCCGUACUGCUCCACCUGGUGUCCGACCUGAACGACAGCCGCGGGGGAGUGGCCGAGCGGCCCAUCCGCGCCGCAGCGUGCGAGUGCCUUCGAGAGCUGGAGAGCUGCUACUCGGGGUUCCUGUUGCACCGGCUGGAAAUCCUGCGGUCUCUGCAACAGCAGGAGGUCUCGAGUGUCCACCAGGGGUACACCCUGCUGUACGGCGUGGCGCUGCGGAACGCCAUCUUCCUCCUGGCCCAGAAUGGGCAAGGUUGCCUGGGGGACCUUCUGGCAAGCAACGGAGAGCUGGUGUGGGAGGCUACAAAGGAAGUCGGCAAGCUCUCGCCGGCGGCCCUUGACCAGCUGGUCCUCUUGCCAUCCGCCGCGGACCUCAAGGAGCUAAAACUGGUGCUCUCAGCUCUUCUGGAGAGCAGCUAUCUCUUAACCUCCGCGGCCCAGAGCCACCUCCUGUGCCACCUGGCUCAGGCGGUGAGCGUCGUGCGCACCCAGUCGCCCGCCAUUUUCAAAGCCCAGCUGGCCCGUCUCUUCGGCACAGCCAGCGUGACUCUGGAGCAUGCCCUCCUGCAGCUGAAAUCGCUCUUCACCGAUAGUCUCUUCACCACCGAGGACGAGUCCUUCCUCCUGCGACACCUGGUGGGACUGGCGCAGCACCCGGCUCUCCCGGAUGCCGUGAAGCUUUUCCACUUGGAUUGUCUUUUGCACUUCCCCGAAAACCGGCCACUGGUUUCAGGAACCGACGAGCGGCUGCCGGUCCUGCUCACGCCGCGAGCUACCUCGGGCCUUUUCCCCGGGUUCUUCCAAGAUCAGGGGACCGUCCUGGCCCGGAUGAAUCUGCUGUGCCUCGUGUGCAUGGAAAAUGAGGGGCCCAGUGCCGAACGUGGAGCGGGCUACCUCCUGGAGCAUGUCCUGGCCCUUGGAGGCCUGGUGGCCCGAGACGGAGGAUUGGACGCCACGCGCCUUUUCUUCCAAGCAGCCUUCAUUUUUGCCCAAUAUUUCGGCUCGCAGGCCCAGCCCAUGGCGGAACUGACCCGGUGCCUGCUGGAUCUCUACCGUCACAACUGCACCUUAGCCCCGAACAUCAUCAAUCUGUUGGAUGAGGCGUGGAAGAGGCUGGAGGAGUCCAGUUGGGCCAGGACCCUCGCUCAGGCCCUGCAAGAAUUUGUCGUGAGCGUCCCCUUGCGAGAAGAUGACCUAAGUUGGCAUCUCAAGAUUUUAGCCCGGCUGGCGAAGGAGAAGGACGUUCCCCAAGCGAGCACCAUGCACUUCUUAGCGCGUCUGGUCGCCUCGGGGAAACUUGGGGAUUGGCGCUCUGGCCAGAUCCUUCUCAGCGUUUGCCGCAACCUAAUGGUGCUUCACCCAUCGCCUGCCCUGUCCCGGCUGGCGGCCCUCCUGCAUGCCAUCUCCCUGAGCCACACCGAUGUGGACGUCCAAGACCGGGCUGGCUUUUAUUACACGCUCCUCACCAACCUUUCGGCUGAAAAAUUAAGGUCCGUCCUGGUCCCUGAAGGUCCCAUCAAGACUCGGUCGCUCUCCUCGUCCAUCGUUGCCGACAGCGAGAGCUUCGUCGCUGCGUUGACUGUCCACCCGGUGGAUCUGGCCCCUUUGAAGCUACAGCGUGUCGAGAUUACAGAGGAUGCCCCGGCGGUUCCUCCCGCCGAGCAGGAGGUAGACGGGUACUGCCAGUGGUUGCUGGCGGACCGCUCUCCCUCGCGGCUCAGUUUGGCAUACCGGCUGGUCCCUGCGGGGCCUGGCACGCCUCCUUACGAACUCCUCCUCUGCAUGGUGCUUCGGUUCACCUGCGCCAGCCAGCAUUACGAGCCGGUGCCCGAACUCUGCAUCCCGUGCUUUUCCGCCCAUCGCCCGUCCCCGACAGUGAAACUGACGCUGCAGCCUCAUUGCCCGUACCCGACACGGCUGAACGUUUCCGCCCUUUAUACGACGCAAGACGGACUGACGCGUUGGAGCCAGCUUGAAAAUCUGGACGUGGCCUUCCCAGAUCUUUUCCUACCCCUGCCGGUCUCCUCCUGGUCCCCAGAGAAACGUCGCCAACUUUUCGAUGCGCUCUGGCGGCGCCUGCACCCCGACGCCAAAGAGGCGCACGCCGAGAGCCUCACGGUUUGGCCCCUGUCGCCCCGAUCCUUAGAAGGCUUAGUGCGCGACCCCUUUGGCAGGUAUAUCCUGUCUGAGGAAGGCGACGAGUAUAGGAUCGCCCUGACUUUACCUCCGCGGGAUCACAUCCUGCUCCAGGUGCGGAGUGUGGACGAUGCGGCCCGGGUGAGCAUCCGCACCGACAACUGGAAGCUCCUGCCCUGCCUUAACCACUAUUUGCAGAGUCUGGGGAAGGCCAGCUGACAGCGCAAGGCCUCCUGUGAGGGAAGGGAGGGCUGAUGGGAACAAGGUUAGUCGCUCUCACCUGCUUUUGGGUGGAAUUCGAAAAUUUCUCAGAAAGGUUCCCAAUAAAGAAAUGACC